AUGCUACCCAAUAGCCAGGUCCGAGCUUCAACGACGCGAAUCGUUUCGCAGUCCGUUGUUCCACGCGACAUUACAGAGAAGUUCACACAAGCUGCAUCAAAACUAAAGACCGGAAAACUUGUUAAAGAUGAAUACUUCACGCUUUUUGAAGCCGUGGGCGCGUUGGAGAUUAUGGACUCCAAGAUGGACAGUGGAUAUCUCGGCCCCGAAGAAAGCGGCAAAGGCUUGGAGGACGAAUACGACGUUUUGCGCGACCUCGCACCGGAGGAAGUAGUAUGGAUUAUGGAUGAGCUGCUUUGCCAUGAGAUGGCGUGGCAUAUGGGCCAUCCUCUCUCGCAAACCCUCUUCACCUCGAUCUACCUCGACAAACUCCUAUGGCCUAUACCGAAACACUUCGAGGAUACCCAUUUUGGACGUGAGGGGCGCGCCGGAUACGAGCAAAUACCGGAGCUUGUGCAUAUUGUGCUACGCGCAUAUUGCCUUGGGCUCAUUAAGUGCUGCGACUUGGUCCAUACGCGAGUAAUCGGAGAAUUCUACUAUGAGGAAGAGGAUUUUAGCACACAGCUUUACAACCGGUCAUUGCUACCACACUUUGAUUCUGGGCUUUUCGUCACGCUUUUGGACCGAGCGAUUUCUUGGAUAGAUAAGCAGGAGACGAUGGACGCAACCGUGAAAAAUGCCAUAAAAUCUCGAUUGGAAUUCCGACAAGAGUUUCUUUUGGGCUUACAGCAGGAUAUCGAUAUUUUACAAACAAGAUCAGUGGACAAACUACAGUCUUGUUUGUCGAUUUUGCCGACUCUCAAAGAAUCGAACCCUGUCAGUCGACCUGUUCCUGAAGCCUUCAGUUGGAAAAUCCAAAGGAAAUUGGCCAGCACAGUGCCUCCCCGCCCGAUGGUCAGGAUCAGCCUUGGGGAUGCGCUGGCGCAUCUCAAACGGCUAUGUCAGGACGGGAUCGAUCUCAAUCAAAUACUUGACUAUAGAGGACCAUCCAACUUGAAAGUGGCUGUUUGGACCAUCCUUUCCCGAAAACCUCAACCGUCAGUAUACAUUCGAUCCCUCGUUCAGACCAUCAUCAUGAACAAAACGAUCAUUCUUGGAGCUGUUCCAGUCAAAAGAUUUCUGUAUGAUGAACUAGCGGCCCUUGUUCUGCCUUCAAGCAUACUGCUUGAAGCCGAUCUCGAUGAAAUCGAAAUGCCCUCCGAUCCUCGUUUUCAGAUUGCCCAAUUGAUGGACGGCUUCGUUAGGCGCUUUUCCCAGCCAUUCGUGGAUACAUUUCGAAGUGCAUGUUUGAACCGGUGCCGUAUCCGCCGAACGAUCUGUCAUACCAUUGUAGAUUGGGACAAUCUGCAAAUGGAGGCCGAAGAUCUCGACGAACAACUACGUGUCUUGAGUGAAGAACCCCCGCUAGAGCUUCCAAACGGGGACACUACAUACGCGUACCCGCUUAGCAGCUGGGCUUACCACCAAAAACUCAUUCAAUUCCGCCUCAUACUCCAACUCGGGUUCGAGCUAUCUAUCUACGCCCCAGAGGAACUUGCAGGAAUGUACUGGUACCUAUCGCAUAUUUGCUCAACACACCUCGGCCAUAUCGAUAGAAUCCGCACGUUCAUGCUUUCCGGCGCACAACGAAGCCGGCCUUCUCUAACCAAACACGCCGUCCUACGCAAAUCAUUCCUCCUCUUCGACCGCCUUACAAUGCAGAUUGUCGCCAUCGACGCCUUUGCAAUCGCCCUACACGCUCUGUACGUCCUCCUAUCCCGACACAAACUCCUCCCUACCGCCGCCGGACCGCAAGCAUAUUCAAACGACCAAUUCCGGUACGAGCUCCGAAUGAAGCCCUUCCUCCAAAUCACGCUCCCAGAGCUCGUCCCAUACGAAGAAUACAGCCGCGAAGCCACCCUCCAAGGCGACAGCGACGAAGUCGUCAUGGGGCGUGCAAGCAAGGCCAUCGGGGAAGCACGAAAAGCCUGGGAAACAACGCUCGCCAACGGGCCAUUUGACGACUUGAAUGGCGAAAAGCCUGAUGCUCCAGCUGUUACCGAGGACUGGAAUCGUGACGUGAAGGAUACAAUGCGGGCCUGUAUCGGUGCGAGCAUUGCGAUUGAAACUGUGAAGAAGGCGAUUUCUUCUGGGGCGCGGCCGCUUAAUCUCCGUGUUGAUAUUCCUGAAGUGGGCUCUAAGCCUCGUUGGCAUGACUGGUGGGCUGUUCCGCAGGUUUCGCAGGCUCAGCCGAGUAAGAAGACAUGA